UGUUAGCAGAGUAAUUGAUAAACAGGUUACUCCUCCAAAACACCCCGCGUGUGCUUUCGCAAACACCCCGCAACUCCAAUUCUGAAUUAUUUCAUCACCCCGCGUUUCGACAUUUGCACUCAUCAUAUCAUUUGCCCAAUUCGGCCAGUAUCUGCCCAACAGCCCCAUGGAAUCCUCACCAGCUCCGUUCAAAGCCCAACAUCACAUGGGUGACAAUAAAAUUCAUGUGCUUCUUGCAGCCAGUGGGUCGGUUGCGACCAUUAAACUACCCAAUAUCGCUAAAGCCCUUGGCCGCCAUUCGAAUGUUUCUAUCCGCAUAAUCGUUACAAGAUCAGCGGCUGAAUUUCUUAAGGGACAGAGUCACGAGCAACCAUUGCUCGAAAAUCUCCUCGAACUUCCGGGUGUGGAUGCUAUUUACCGAGACGAGGAUGAGUGGAGGCACACUUGGAUUCGUGGCGAGCCAAUCCUACAUAUAGAGCUCAGAAAAUGGGCACAUAUUCUACUCAUCGCUCCUUUAUCCGCCAACACCAUGGCCAAAAUGACCAUGGGAAUUUCAGAUAAUCUUCUUCUCUCUGUUUUGCGAGCAUGGGACACGACGGGAUCGGUGGACGCCACAUUUAAGGAGAAGAAGCCCAUUGUGUUUGUUGCCCCUGCCAUGAAUACAGCAAUGUGGUUUCAUCCGAUCACCGCAAAGCAACUGGCUAUACUGAAUGAUGAAUGGGGCGUAAACUCUCGCAACAACGAGGGUUGGGUAUCUGUACUUAACCCGAUAGACAAAUCUCUUGCUUGCGGCGAUACAGGAACCGGGGGGAUGAUGGAAUGGGAAACCAUAGUCGAUAAGGUGGAGCAGUAUUUAGGUAUUGGCAAGGACGAUAAAUAAAGAGGUUAGCUAGAGCUUCAGGACCUGAA